AUGGCCAGCGUGAUGAAGGCAAUUUUGUUUUCAGAAAAGUAUAAUAGAGGAAGUCUGUUUUAUUGUUUUCAGGAUGGUAUAAUAGACGUAGAAGGUUUAGACAAGGUUAUGAGUGCAGGAUUAGGACGGAGAUAUGCUUUCAUUGGACCGAUAGAAACAGCUUACCUCAAUGCUGACGGGAUGUACAGUUAUUCAGAACGCUACGCCACGAUUUUUGAAGGUGUUACGGCCACAUUCAGAGAGCCAGAUAAGUUUGAUGGACCAGUCCUGGAUCAAAUCCAGUCCGAGAUGGAACAGCUGGUUCCUAUGGAUACGUUACAAGCCCGCAGAAACUGGAGAGACAAGCGUCUAGCAGCCCUUGCUCAGUUACAGAAAAGAAUGGACAUUGAAGAUGAGAAAAAAUGAAUUUAUGAUAGUAUAACACUAGAUAACGUUAAUUAAAAGAAAGAAAUUUG